GCGGCCGAGACGCUGAAGCGGAGCUUCCAGCCCGAGGCGCUGCCCAGGCUGGAGGCCCUGGCCCGGGAGGGCGUGCCGUGCGGCCGGGCCCUGGGCCUCCGGGACAUGCGGCGGCCCUGGGCCGUGGUCGCCAUGGAGCCCGAGGUCCGGGCACGGCUUCAAAGGGGCCCAGGCUCCAGUUCCCGCCUCGCCAUCCUGUGCGGGGCGACGGCGAAGCUCAGCGAUGCCCACCUGGCCAGCUCGACGUCGCGCCACGCGAAGCGGCCCAAGGCGUCCGCCCUACGGUGGUGCCUCGACGCGGACGGCGCGGCGGAGAGUAGCAGCUGCAUCUGCGUGAACCUGGGGGUCUCCAGGGAGGAGGAGGCCCCCCCGGCCAAGAAGCUGAAGGGGGCGCCCGGGUCCGACGCUGCCGUGCGGCUCCGCCACAUCCUGCUGAGACACCCGCAGCUGCGGCAGGCCGACCCGAUGGCGCGGCGCGAGGGGUCGUGCAGGAGCGCGCAGGAGGCCGAGGAGGCCGCCCUGAACGUGCUUGAGCGGCUGCUGAAGACCCAGAGCCAGUUCCCGCAGAUCUGCCGCGAGCUCUCCGACUGCCAGACCGCCGAGCAGCCCGGGGCGCUCUCUGGCGACCUCGGCUGGGUGUCGCGGGGUCAGCAGGAGCCGGCCGUGGAGGACGCGGCCUUCUCGCUGAAGGCGAACGAGUUCAGCGACCUGGUGGUGAGCAGCCGCGGCGUGCACAUCUUCCAGCGGAGGGCGCUAGCUGGCACCUCCCAGGAGGCCCCAGCGGCGCCGAGCUUGGUAUCGGAAAGCCAGCCGCAGGUGGUCGUCGACCGCGGAGGCGACCUGCUCAUCGCCUGGAAGCCGGCGAAGGUAUCCACCCGCCGGCUGCGAGGCGGGCUCCCCAGCCAGCUGGAGCAGUGGGCCGCGCACGAGGUCGCCGGGGCCCGCGCCGAGGAGCCCCCCGCGGUGGCGCCGCGGCUCGGCCGCGGAGUGGCGGGUCUGGUCUUCUUGGCGCGCACGGGCGCGGCGCUGCGCGAGGCCGAGGCCGCGCUGGCCACGGGCGCCGCGGAGGCGUCGGUCACGGCCGUCGUGCAGGGGCGGCCCCCGCAGGGAGGCCUCGGCGCCGAGAGCGGCGGCCGCGCCCUGGAGGUGGCCCUGCUGCGCUCCUCCGAGGGGCUGCACCUGGGCCGGCUGAGCAUCGUGCGCGCCGCGCUGCGCGGGGGCGGCAGCGUGCCCGACGAGAAGGAGGUGAGGCGGAGGCUGGCGGCGCUGGGGCACCCGGUGAUCGGGAACGGGCAGUUGUGCGCGCGGAGCGCGGGCGUCAACAGGACCCACCUGGUGGUGUCCGGCCUCGCGCUCGGGGGGCUGGAGGCGCACCUGCCGCCGCCGGCAAGCUUCGGGCGACUGCUGGACACCGACGCCGCGAGGCUGCAGCGCCGCACGGACGAGGGCGGCGAGUGGGCGGGCCGCACGGAGCACCACGGCGCCGAAGGCGAGCAGGGCGCCAGGACGGUCGUCUUCGACGGCCUGCGGGUAGCAGCGCCGUUGGGCGUCUUCCUCCCUCGCAACCCGUCGCUGCCGGUCGUGGAGGCCGCCGCGGCGCUCCCGCUGCCGCCUGCGCCCCGCCUGCUAGACUGCGGCACGGGCACUGGCUGCAUCCUGCUGGCGCUGCUGCGGCGGCUCCCAGGC